GAUGACGCAACCAAGAUGGCGGAAACCAGGUGACUUUUUGCGGCCACGUAAAAGAUUUAUUUUCGGACGACUUUUUCUCCUCUUUCCUGACAGAAAGGUCAAGGUUAAACGCGCCUGACACGUAGAUAAAGUCAUUACGGACCGAGAGAGCCAUGGCGGGCGACAUCACGGAGACCGGAUCGCUGUAUUCACCCUUUAUGGGCCUGAUCUACAUCUUUAACCUGAUAGUUGGGACAGGAGCACUCACCAUGCCUAAAGCCUUCGGCGCUGCUGGCUGGCUGAUCAGUCUGGUGCUCAUCAUACUGCUGGGCUUCUUCAGCUUCAUGACCACAACGUUUGUUGUGGAGACCAUGUCUGUGGCAAAUGCUCGGCUGCGCUGGAAGACACGAGAGAAACAGAACGAGGUACACAAAGCCACCUUUGAGGAAAAGUUGCAUGCCGCCUUUGCGAACAACCACAAAAAAGUACCGUAUACCCGGGUGCAUGGGACGCCAUACUCGUAUUAUGAAAGAAUGAAGAAGGAUGAUGCACACACUGAAGAUGUGAUAGAAGAUGAAGAAGAGAACCAAUCAGAAGAAGAGAGAAGGGCCCUUCUAGCUCCUGUGAAUGAUCCCAAAAGGAGAAGAGUUGAUCUCUAUGACAUCACAGAAAGGGUUGAGAUGGGUCAAAUGGCAUCAAUGUUCUUCAACAAAAUUGGUUGGUACCUGUUCUACCUGUGCAUUGUUAUCUACCUGUACGGAGACCUGGCCAUCUAUGCAGCUGCAGUGCCCAAGUCACUCAGGGAUAUCACUUGCCCAGUGAACAUCACCUGUAACGUUAAGCCAUCAAAGCAGAUCAACCUCACCAACUCCUCACCCUGCUGGGGCACUGCAGUCAACAGGCAAAAUGCUUACAGGGUGUAUCUGGGUGCCUUCUCCUUGCUGCUUGGUCCAUUUGUGUUCUUCAACGUGCAGAAAACCAAGUACCUCCAGCUGCUCACAUCUCUCAUGAGAUGGGUCGCAUUCACGAUUAUGAUCAUCCUCGCGAUGACCCGUAUAACCCACGGUAAAGGCGAGGGCCAUCCCGUGAUGGAGUCCAUCACCAGCGUACCGAACCUCUUCGGCGUGUGCGUGUACUCCUUCAUGUGCCAGCACUCCCUCCCCUCCCUCGUCACGCCCAUCAAGAACAAGCGGCACCUCUCGCUUCUCGUCUUCUUCGACUUCCUGGUCAUCCUCAUCUUCUACCUGGUGCUGUCCUUCACCGGAAUCUUCUGCUUCAAGAACAAGGACAUCAAGGACAUCUACACCCUCAACUUCAUGGACAAGUGCGACCCGAUCACCAGUGCGAAGGAGAUUGGCUACUUCCUGGGACUGUUUCCCGUCUUCACGCUGAGCACGAACUUUCCCAUCAUCGCGAUCACGCUGCGGAACAACCUGAAGACGCUGUUCCACCGGGACGGGUACACUUACCCGUGGAUCAUCGAUAGAAUAUUCUUCCCGCUUCUGACCAUAGUCCCGCCCAUAGCGGUCGCUUUCGGCACCGACGAUCUCGAAUUCUUGGUAGGCGUAACGGGAUCGUACGCAGGGGCAGGGAUCCAGUAUCUCAUACCGGCGUUUCUGGUGUAUUCGGCAAGAAAAGAGCAGAGAAUACUGUUCGGGCCUGGGUCUAUUAAUAAGCACACAUCUCCAUUCAGACAUACGUUUUGGGUGUAUUUUGUCUUGAUCUGGGGAACGCUGUCCGUCAUUUUUGUAACUGUCAAUCACAUUUUGACGAAGAGCUAGAGCUAGACGUUUUCUCAUUACCCCACCAUGACAAUAUUCAGAAAACCCCCAAAGCAAGUUUUAAAACAACUGUAAUAAAGCAUCUCUACCAGAAAUAACGAGAAAAAUUAAAGAAUCAUCAAAAACAGGUGAAAACCACUCUAAUACUAAAAAUGUGCAAUAUUUGCACAAAAAGCUCUAUGAUGACAUUAAAUAUGCAAUACAGGGGAACUUGGCAAUACAAGAAGCAUUACAGCAUGCUAAGUGUCAAUAGUUACAAUGUGUAUGUGAUGGAAACAUGUUCAACAGUUUGUCUUUUUAUUACAGCAUUGCCAGAGCCAAAGUGUAAUACAACUACAUGAGCCGCUAAUAAAUGUAAAUGUAGCUAAGCAUGUUAGCAGAAUGUACUGCACCUGCACAGAACUUGUAAUGUAUUGUGCAUAUACAUGUAUAUAUAUAGCACUUUGGAAGAAUGUCUUGUUUAAUUUAAGGCCGUGUUCGUGUAUUUAAGGAUGACAUCCCAUCUGUAGUUUACAAAUAUUGUGUCCUAAAAGAUAUCAUCUGCAACUUGCAAAACCAUAAAAAAUCUGGGUUAUGCACAGGUGCAGUACGUUCUGCUAAUAUGCUAUGUGGCUAGGAGACAUUGCAAGGAGUGCAGGAAAAUGAAUGAAAAUUGAAAUUUUAUUCCUACGACUACAAGAAAAAGCAGAGAAAACUGUUACAGGUAGCCCUUUUUGAAAAAGUUGAAUCAUUCCGUACAUUUAUAUUCCUACAUAAAAUGUUGGCUAUUUAAAUUUCAUCUACCUUAACUGUUAAGAACGGAAAAAUUGUUCUGAAAUGUUUUAAAAAUCCAUAUAUUAUUAGAAUUCUUGUGCCACAAUAUCUUUGUGUGCCAUAUAUGAAAGAAAAGUUAACAUUAUAUUAUUUUUGCUUGUUCAUGCCUCCAUAUUUUGUAUAAUAAUUCUAUCAUUUAAAGUCUGUAACAAAUGUUUGUAAGAAAUUCCAUGCCCUAUAAGUUGGUUUCUGUGAAACUACUGUCUGAUGAGAUUACAGUAUGGAAUUAUCUUGUGGAAUCUGUGUGUCCACCUGGUGUUCUAGCCAACCUGGAUUUUUUUCCAUCUCAAUUUUGUUUGAAGUAACAUCACAUUGAGUGCUGAAAGCAUGCAUGACAAUCGCAGGGGGUCCAGAGGCAUGCUUCCUCUGGAAAAUUUUGAAAUCUUCACCCACUCAAAUGCUAUUUCCUGCAUUUUGAUGACUAAGUUUAGUAUAAAGUAGUGUAAGUUUAGUGUAAAGUAAAGUUCAGUAUAAUGACAUCUCUUUCUGUGUCUUUUCACUCCAUUUUGUUUCCUCCACUAAAGCUAAUCUUGGAUUGGGUAAAAUUUCUGUCAUGAGUGGCAAAAUUCCGACAAAUGGUGGAAAGACAGAUGCUGGCUAGAACACUUGAUUCUACUCUCAGGUUGAUACACAAUACAGUCAAACCUGUACAUUGUUAGGGACCAUCUCUACAUAAGGACCGCCUGACCACAUUUUGAUGGUCCCUUAGAUAAAUUUUCCAUUGACAGAAAUCCUGUAUCAGAAUCAGUAUCAGAAAUCCUAUCCAAAUAGAUUUUAUCAGAUCCCUGAGUGGGCACUUUUGACUGUUAUGUUAGCGGGAAAUAUGUCAGUUUUCAAUUUUGUGUAUAUACUAAUUUAUUUUAGAAACAUGUACAAUGUAUGUAGCAAAUUAUUUUGGGUUGUUAUUUGAACUCAAUAUCAUGAUGGGAAAAGUACUUAAUUUAUACACCUACAUUUUUUUUUGUGCAAACUGGCUUUAAGUGCGAAAUUUGUUGGUGCCAGCCAAUUGUUUACGGUUAGAACACCGCAAAAACCUCUUCUCUCAUUUGGUGAAAUUAGAUCCACUCAAAAAUGAUACAAAUCUACAGUACCUCUAUGUCAACAUGUACCUCUGUUUCAGUGUCAGUCUCCAAGCAGAUGGGAUGUGACAUUUUCUACCUGGUUACGUGUUAGAAAUUAUUAUAAUAAUUCUAUUUCAUCAUCUGCUUUUCAGAUUGUAUGAGUUUGUCAAUGAUUAUAAGUCAAAAGAAUGGUGUAAAUUUUCAUUGUCAUCUUGCAGCUAAAACUUGAUACAUGGACAAAAAUAUGAAUAUAUUAUACAUAUUGAUAUGACACUGCCACCAUCAAAAUUAAUUUUAAGAUUGUUAUAACAAACUUAGCAUAAGUAGUUUAAACUGUUCACACUAGCCAUUCUGCCACUUCUUUUAGGAGAAAGUUCAAACAUGCCAUGUUCAAAAGUGUUUGUACAUGUGUACCAUUCCUCAUGUUGUUUACAUACAAAAUUUUCUCUCAUGUGGAAUUCUCUAGACUUAAAAGUAUUAUUUAAAUCUUUCUUCAUGUAUAUCAUUGGGUACUGGGAUUCUAGUAAUAGAUGCUAUUAAAUGGUACUUACGCUACAUGAUAAUAUGAUAAUGCAAUUGAUAUAGAAAUGUAUAUUAACAAUGGUCAUGACUCUUGUUUGCAAUUGUGCAAAUACAUACUUGUAUAUCAAAAUCAAGUAAAAUGUUGUACAGCAAUGCACAUAAAAACACGUUCAUAUCAUAAAGUAUUUUUGUAACGAUAUGUUGCUAUUAAUUGUAACAUUUCAGAAAGUUAUUUCGCAAUUGAGAAUUCUAAAGCUCUGUAUACUACUAGUGCAUAAUGCAGUCAGUGUCUGUUACAUUUUAUCAAACCUGUCCAGAUAUGUGCAAAGUUGUGCCUUUUUGUCGUUAUAUUUCUAAUCACAAAAUGUAUAUUGCUGUUGGGAAACUCUGGGAGCGAGGUAUGCUUUGUUAUGAGGUAAAAUAAUAUUUGGAAUAAAGCAAA